AUCGACAUCAGUGAGCGUGCGGUUGCAAAGCUGAAGUCCAUCGCAGAGGAAGAGAAGAAUCCCGAUCUUGCCCUCAGGAUCGCCGUUGAGAGUGGAGGUUGUCAUGGGUUCCAAUACAACCUCCAUCUGUCGAACUUGGCUGAAAAGACCGAGGAUGAUUGUAUAUUUGAGAAAGAUGGUGCUCAUGUGAUGAUAGAUGAUGCAUCGUUGAGCAUUCUACGGGAAAGUGUUGUUGACUACACCACAGAGCUGAUUGGAAGCAUGUUCAAAGUUGUGGACAGCCCAUAUAUGGCUUCCAGUUGCGGCUGUGGUUCCAGCUUUGAC